AAAUUUUAUAUAUCUGUCUGGUUGCACUAGUUCAGAGUUUAUCUCUUUCCCUCAUCAGUCAGCUCAGCUGAAAAGAGCAGGUCUCUUAAAUAUUAUUCUACUUGUAUCAGUAAAAUCAAUUUAAAAUUGAUGUUUAAUGCUUUGAAAAGGAGUAUUUAUAUAAAACAUAUUGCAUUUUAUAUAAUGGAUGUGUUAGAACCAGAAUUAAUUUGGGUUAAUGGACGCUGCUACAGAUUUUAUGAAAGUAGUGCAUGGAAAAACAUUCAUACAUCGGCCCCAUACAUGGAGGAUAAAGAAUCAGUUUGUUCAGAUGAGGAAUCUGAAACUAGUAUAGUAAUAGAGUCUUAUAAUGGACGGUUCAAACAUACUUUUUAUGUACCCAAAGCAUAUUACUCAUAUAUAAUUGGUACAAAAGGUACAAUGCGUAAGAAAUUGGAAACUGAGACAAAAACAACUAUAGAAAUACCAAAGAAAGGAAAAGAAGGGCACAUUGUUAUUACUGCAGCGGAUCAUAAAUCUAUAAUAUCAGCAAGACAUAGAAUUGAUUUAUUAGUAGAAAGUUUAAGGAAAAAGAUACGUUAUACACAUUUUUUAUCUAUUCCAUUGAAUAAAAAGGGAAUAAUUGACAAUUUUAAUGCUUUCAAAGAUGAUGUAUUGGAAAAAUAUGACAAAACUAAAUACAAUAUUGAUGAAUCACUUUUUCAAAUACCGGCUAAGUUGCAUCUCACUAUUGGAAUGCUCAAAUUACUUGACGAUAAUGAAAAAAAACAGGCUAUUGAUGCUCUCAUGAAUUGCAAAGAAAAAAUCAUAGAUCCUUUCCUUGAUGAAGCUGGGCCAAUAAAUAUACAAUUACAGGGGGUUGAAUGUAUGAAUGAUGAUCCUACUGAAGCUAAAGUUUUAUUUGCACGAAUUACUCACAAUGAAAAAUUACAAGAACUUGUUGAUAAAAUUGCCAAGUACUUUAUUGAUAUAGAUUUAAUGAAGAAAAAAUAUGAUACAAUAAAAUUACAUGCUACUUUAAUGAAUACAUCAUUCAAGCAUGAUUAUCCUGCAAAAUUUAAAGAGAAAUUUAAUGCAAGUGAAAUAUUAAAAAUUUAUAAAGACACAUUAUUUGGAGAAACUAAAUUUAAUCAAAUUGAUAUAUCUGAACUUCACACUGCUACUAAAGAUAAUUACUACAACGCAGUAAUAAAAGUUGCAUAUGCUGUAACAGAAUCUGAUAUUAUGGAGGUCAAUGAUGGAAUUUCUACAAUAUUUUGUUCGGGACACUCUUUAAAAAUGAAUGGUACUUUUAAUGCCUUUCAAAUGGCUCAUCGACCAGAAAUAACAUCUAAACGACAACAUAUAAGGCUAAAAAAGAGUAUGAGUUUACCUGAUGAUACAUUAGAAUAUUGGGGAUUUUACUUACUGAGAGGUGCAACAGUAUCACUCUCUGUAUGCUCAAGAUUUCCAGGAGCCUCUAUAAUGGUGGUAAAAGGGGAAAGGAAUUUACGUACUUGCGGUUUAUUAGACCAUACUAUCAAUAAGCAACCACAAGAUAUUUACUUACCAGGUGCAAACAAACAGGUUAAAAUAAUAUAUGAAUCAAAUGCACAAGAAAUUGAUUCUAAAGAAUCAAAUAUGGUCGAGCCUAUUAAUAUAUAUAACACUACCAAUAUACAUACACCAUUUGUACAUGCAAGUUCUGAAAAAUCUGUGAAUAGAAAUGAGAAAGUUUUUAUAAAUGCUACAAAUACUAAUACAUAUAAUAAUACACAUAAUAACACACAUAAUAACACACUGCCAUAUAAGAAUGAUGAAAGUUUGAUACAAGAUCUAGAUAUGUGGUAUAAUAAUGUCACAUCUUAUAUCCAGAAACAUAUAGAACAAGAAAAAGACAUGGAUUACAUCAGAAAAUUAAGACAACUUAAGCAUAAGAACUGGAAGGACAAUCAAGACAGAAAAUUGCGGCUACAAAAAUUAAAACAAGAUUUGUAUUUUGAUAAAAUUGAUGAAAAAAAUACAAUUGGACCAGAAAUAAAGUUGAAAGAUAAGAUGGGCAACAAAAGAUUUAAAAGAAAUCAAGAAUUUAUAAAGCCACCAUCUUUAUUAGAUCAAGGCAUCAGACAUGGUGGAAAUGCUGAUAAAAAUUUUACAUCUAAUUCUAAUGAAGCUUCAUCUAUUUCCAGUUUCGAGAAUGGCUUAUUUGAGUGUUAUGGUGGAAUGAUAUUGUUAACUCAUGAAUUUGAACCUUCAAACCAAUGUACAAAUAUUUUUUAUUUACUCAAUGGAAAACACGCGCAAGCUAACCAUAAUGUCGAAGAAGAUGGUUACUAUUAUUACAUUUUUUAUAGCGAUAACGAUGUUGUAUCCAAUGAUAUUUAUGCAAUCUUUGAUAUAUAUAAGCCAACUUUUCAAUAUGAAAAUGUGACUAAGUCAUGUAUAAAUAUGACUGAAUGCUCAUUUUCGUUAAAUGUACUGUCAGCAGAUAGAAUAAUCGUUGAAAUUCCUACCAAAGAUGGUAUAGAACAUAAUGAGAUAGACGACGUUAACGUUUUAAUUUCUACUUGUCAGCCACGGAUGGGUGCGUAUAUAAUUUUUCCAAUUAUAACAUUACUUUUUAUUCUUAGUUGUGCCUUUAUAUGAAUUUGACUGGAUCUCGAAUUUUGAAGAAUUUAUACUGUAGAAAGUAUAAAUAAAAAAUAGGAUUCUUUCAUAACAAUUAGGAAUUUCUCAUAAGUUAUUUUUAAUACAUUUUCUUAUAAAUCAAAUUAUUUUGUAAGCAUAAAU